GUAACUCUUUAAAAUAUGCUGGCUUUUUUUAAAAAAAAAAAACAAAACGGAAUUUCCUCUUUUGUUUUCUUUUUAGCACGAUCACGCACUGUGGGAGAACUCUUAGCCCCAACUUCUCCUUUUGACAAGAAGUGUGGACGUGAAAACUGGACCGUUGCAUUUGCUCCCGAUGGAUCUUACUUUGCUUGGUCUCAAGGGCAUCGCAUAGUGAAGCUGGUCCCCUGGUCUCAGUGCCUUAAUAACUUCUUGUUGCACGGCACAAAGAAUGUUGCAAAUUCUGUCAGCACAAGACUUCCAAGGCAGAAUAGUGACAGCGGUCAGAAAAAUAAGCCUUGUGAACAUAUAAUAGACUGUGGUGAUAUCGUCUGGAGCCUUGCUUUUGGGUCUUCAGUGCCUGAGAAGCAGAGCCGCUGUGUGAACAUCGAAUGGCACCGGUUCAAAUUUGGGCAAGACCAGCUCCUACUUGCAACAGGCUUGAACAAUGGGCGCAUCAAGAUCUGGGAUGUCUAUACAGGAAAACUCCUCCUUAACCUGAUGGACCAUACAGAGGUUGUUAGAGAUCUAACCUUUGCCCCAGAUGGCAGCCUGAUUUUAGUGUCUGCGUCCAGAGACAAAACACUGAGAGUGUGGGACCUGAAAGAUGAUGGAAAUAUGAUGAAAGUGUUGAGAGGACAUCAGAACUGGGUAUACGGUUGUGCGUUCUCUCCAGACUCCUCUAUUCUCUGUUCUGUUGGAGCUAGUAAAGCAGUUUUUCUCUGGGAUAUGGAUAAAUACUCCAUGAUACGGAAACUUGAAGGACAUCACAAUGAUGUUGUAGCUUGUGAGUUUUCUCCUGAUGGAGCUUUACUGGCUACUGCAUCUUACGAUACUCGAGUUUAUGUCUGGGAUCCACAUAUUGGAGUUAUUCUUAUGGAAUUUGGGCAUCUGUUUCCCCCUCCUACUCCAAUAUUUGCUGGAGGUGCAAAUGACCGAUGGGUCAGAUCGGUAUCUUUUAGUCACGAUGGACUACAUAUUGCAAGCCUUGCUGAUGAUAAAAUGGUUAGAUUCUGGAGAAUUGAUGAAGAAUACCCUGUACAAGUUGCACCUCUGAACAAUGGGCUCUGCUGUACUUUUUCUACUGAUGGCAGUGUUCUAGCUGCAGGGACCCAGGAUGGCAGCGUGUACUUCUGGGCAACUCCAAGACAAGUUUCCAGUCUCCAACAUCUAUGUCGCAUGGCGAUUCGAAGAGUGAUGCCCACCAGCCAAGUCAAGAACUUGCCUAUCCCAUCAAAAGUGGUGGAGUUCCUUUGUUACCAGAUUUGAAUUU